AUGACUGAACAUAACAGCAUAACAGUACAGAACUGUGCUAGCGUGUUAGAUAAAAAGUGUGUGUGAGUGAGUGACGAGCUAUAUUCAGAGCUCUGCUGCCUUCAUGCUGUUGUAUGAUUGAUGUUUAGCUAGGGUAUUUAGUGUCCACAGCACCUCUGCUUUUAGGGUUGACUCAGACCCAAACGUCACCCGGAGGUCCCCCGAUGUUGUUGCAGGAGCUGCUGCACUAGCUAACGCUACACUAGCUAACGCUACAUUAGCAACAGGUGCAGCAGGCUUCAAACACGUUCCCCGCCACUGGUUUCCACCAAGCACUACAUUCAAUGUUUUCCAACCAAAUACGGUUGAACUUACACUUCCCCAUAUUUAUUUGUAAGUAGAUUCGAAGAUACCUGAGUUUCUGACUACCGCUAGCAGCUAGCUGAAGCUUGGUUGCUAGGUUACUAGCUUGGAGGUUCCAUGUUGAUUUAUUUCAAUACAAAGACUAUUACGAUACUGGUUACUUUGCAGCCCGGACAUUUCCCCCAAAACACAUUUAGACGCGUUCCCAACACAGAAGUAGCCUACCUUUCAAAUCUGAUCAUUUUUAAGACCUUCUAAAUCAUAUUUAAGACCUUUCUUAUUUAAGACUUUUUAAGGCCUUCAAUUCUGAUUAUCAAAUGUAAGACUUUUUAAGAUCCCGCGGGAACCCUGUCAAUAAUCCCUGAAUGUCAACAGCUGUUAGGGUCACUUUUUAGUGGCCCCUGGUUUCUGUUUCGUAUUGAUCUUCUUGCAGUCUUUUGUAUUUGCAGCAUUGCGUUUCUGCAUUGCUUUAGUAAACGCUGCGCAUGUUUCUUGACGUUGGUGUAGAUGUUUCUAUAUUUGCAUUUGUUUUGGCACAUUUGUGUUUUGAAACUGCAGCAUGUUUCUCCUUAUGGAAGUGGUUUGGGCCGUUGUAACGUGUUCACACCUGCCGGCCACUGUAGAUCGUUGCCCCUCCCAUGUUUUGAUUUCCAUUCAAUAAAGUGUAAUUCCACAAAGACAGGACAGAUAUAAACUCAUGAGCUUGAGAGAUCGGAUGACUUACUUACCCAGAAUCAUUAUACCCGCUAGAGAACUACCCAAAAGUACUAGGAAAAUCUCAUUAAAGCUUUUCGCUUUCUGAUUUGAAAAAGUUUGCAAUACAAAAAGAUGGGAUAAAAGGCUGAUGGAAGCAGAAUUCAGGCAUUCAUUAUCUGCGUUUGCUCAACAGCAAAAGUGAAGCAAAUUUCCUUCUACUAUAGUGGGAGCAACUGCCCAUACACAAGCGCAGUUGUACUGCAAAUGAGUGAGUCAGUGAUCCUGCCAGUGAAGGAUUUCAAGAUGGCGCCUGUGUCGGCAUGCCGCUCCCUCAGCUCUCUGCCUUUAGCUAUCCUGUUUUUGUUUGUCAGAAUGUCCCUGCUCUGCUUGUCUAUGAUCGCCAAGCUCUCCUCCACCUAACGGGCCCUCCACACUACAAGCGUUUCAGGCGUAAAAUUACGCCUCUAGCGCGUCUGCCCAUUCACUUUGAAUGGGGUGACGUCACGUCCGCUCACGUUUUCGCCGAACUGCAUCACGGGAAGGCAAGCGUAACUUUGAGAGCGUCUCGCGCGUAAAAAGUUGAACAAUGUUGAACUUUUUACGCACGAAACGCUCUCUCGGUUCCUGACAAGGAACGUUUCAGAAAAUCUGACAGCUCAAGCCGUAGCCAAUCAAAAACCGCGCAUACGCUGGGAGAGAUAUCCUGAGAUAUCCCGCCGUUCAUGUCUAUAUUUGAAAUAAAAUGGACGAGGUUAUAAUCGUAGCGGUAGCGAAUCACCCUGUAUUAUUUGAUGUGACCCUGUUCACAUACCGGGAUAGAAACCAGAGGAACCAGGCAUGGAAGGAGGUGGCAGAGACAGUGGGGGAAACUGACGAAGUGUGCAAAAAGCGUUGGAAGUCCCUCAGGGACCGAUACCGCAGGGAGAGGAUCCUGGAGAAGGAAGGGAAAAGUAGCGGGGCAGGGGCUUCCGGGGGAUCUAAGCCCUGGCGUCUCGCGGCAGUAAUGAGCUUUUUAAAGCCCUUCAUGCUGGACCGUGAGACGUCCAGCAAUUUCCCCCGGCAACCCCUGCCUCCACCCACCGGAGCAGAAGAAGAGGAAGACUCUAUGGGUGACAGCCUGGAUGACAGUCUGGAAAGCCAGCCAGAGCCAGGUAGCAGUCAGCCGGCCAGUCAGCCGGCCAGUGUGCCAGACGGUGUGCCAGACGGUGUGCCGGCCAGUGUGCCAGCAUUCCGGGGGAAGAAGAGCAGGGGAAGGGAGAUGUCCCCUUUUGAGGAGAACCUGCUGUCGGCCGUAGGCCCGAUGCUGGCCAUGCCACCACCACCACCAGUGGUGGAGGUGGAAGACGAGGACCUCCUUUUUUUAAGGAGUCUCUGGCCUGCAAUGCAAAAGCUGAGCAGGACGAGCAGCAUGAGACUGAAAAUGAAGCUACAAGAGGCGGUCCUCCACAGAAAUGGACAUUAAUAAUUAAUUAAUUAAUUAGAUACUGAUACUGAUACUG